AUGUCUUCAUCGCUGGAGAUGCCAGCUACACACAUUCUCCUAAGGCUGCUCAAGAAGCUCAAUCUCGCCAUCAGAGGCUUAGGAAAACCGGAGCUACUAUCGACCUACGAGCACGAACGCCGCAAGAUUGCAAAGGACCUUAUCGAUUUCGACUACGAACAUGCCGACGCUUUCCACGACGGCGACCCAGCAGCCCUGGCACAAAAAUACCUCAAGAACGUCCGCUUCAUCUCUGGAGUCGGUGCUGAAUACCAAGCCAAUCUACUGAACCAAGCACCUUCCGCACAGACUAUACUGCAGCCUGGCUCUCUUCUGACGCCAGCGAGGGUGACGAGAUACAUCGAUGCCAAUCCAGUAGACAUCCAACUUGACGUCCCCAUGCUCGGUCAGUUCCGAAUCUAUUUCUUGUGUCCGGACCUUGUCAAAGCACGACCGUUCCUCCAGACCGUGUGCGCGUCCAUCUUAGCCACACUGGCUGCAGAUCCUCAGGCUGAACUAUCGUACCUCAAGAAACCCAGAUGUUCAAGCGAGAUGGAGCGUUACGUCAGAUCUGAUCGUUACCUUGCCGCCAGCCAGCUCAUCACGCCAGCGAUCGUCACCGCCUCGCCAAAGGAUCGAUUUGAGAUCAGUGAUUUGCCGUCUCUAUUGAAGAAUAGUAGGUGGACUGUCUGUCUUGACGACGUACCAGAGCAAAGUACGAAUGGCAAGCAUUGCUUGGAGAAGUGGAUUGGGGACAUGGCCGAUUCCGAAGUGGCCAUUAUCAAUGUCAGGCCUGAUGGCUAUGUUGGUAGCAUCGGACGCUGGAAUCCUGAUGCUCAGGCGGAUGCUGCUGAGCAUGCGGCGUCGUGGGUGUCAGAGUACUAUACUUCGUUUCUGAACAUUUAG